UCUUGUACUACCUUCUCUCUUUCACUCUUUAGAUACUUUCGAAGCACCUGCUCUGUUUGAAUUUCAAACACUACUUGUAUCAUUUGAAGUGAAUUUUAUUCAGAAGUCCAAAAAAGAGUCGUACUUGAACGUCAUCCUAAGGAUUCAAGUUCUCGUUAAAGUUUCCCGAAGAAAGAUAAGAUGGAAGGGCCAGACGUGAUACACGUGGAAAUCUGUCAAAAGAGCAAUAGCCUGUUGUCAAAAAAGGAGAUACAAAAAUUAGUUUAUGCGGAAACAGGUGAGUGGAAGGAUAUCACACUGGAGACUCCCAUUUAUGGGGAUAAUCUUUUGAACCCAACCUUGAGACUUCAUGUGGAUUCUAUAAUAUGCUCUAUAAGUCAUGGAGAGCGGAGUCAUGUGAAAGUACAAGGUUCUACUUUAUUGUAUCACGUAUACAGAUUGACUGAAGAGGAUGCUGCAACGGAAACAAUACAAAACAAUAGUGAAGAUUUACCAGCAUCUUCUCACUGGAUCUUACCUUCCAAAGAAUUCCAUUCUUUAUGGGAGAAUCUUUAUUUUGACUCAAACAUAAAGGAAGAUUUGUUACAUUUUGUAGAAACUACGAUGAUAUUUUCGGACCACAGUGUGAAUUCUAACAUUAUAAAUUGGAACAAAGUGGUGUUACUGCAUGGGCCUCCUGGUACUGGUAAAACCAGCCUGUGUAAAGCACUUGCCCAAAAAGUUGCUAUUCGUUUAGCAGAUCGAUUCACUCACAGUGAAUUUGUUGAAAUAAAUAGUCAUAGUCUAUUCUCAAAGUGGUUUUCAGAGAGUGGGAAACUAGUCAUGAAACUAUUUAACGAGAUACGGAGCCUUCUUGAAUCUUCACAAGCAUUAGUCUGCAUUCUGAUCGAUGAAAUAGAAUCUCUGGCACAUGCUCGUAAAUCGUGCAGUAACGGGGUAGAACCGACUGAUUCCAUAAGAGUGGUGAACGCAUUGCUAACGCAAUUGGAUCAAAUAAAAAAAUAUCCGAACGUUUUAAUUUUGACGACCAGCAAUCUGUCCGAAGCUAUCGAUUUGGCGUUCAUCGAUAGAGCUGAUAUAAAACAGUAUAUUGGAGAGCCUACUAUUCAAGCCAUAUAUAAAAUUUAUGCAUCAUGCCUCAAAGAAUUAAUAAGGGCGGGCCUCAUGGAACCAGAGGAAAUUUGCGAUUUACCUUAUUUAAAAAAUUUGGGCUACGAGGAAAACACGAACACAAAGAACAGCCUUAAGUUGUUGGAUCUCAGUCAGGAAAGUCAUGGUUUGAGCGGACGAGUUUUAAGGAAAAUUCCAUUUUUAGCUCACGCAUUCUAUCUACGAACAAAACGGUGUACUUUGACUAGAUUCUUACGAGCCAUGCACCUAGCCGUUAAAAGGCAGAAAGAAGAGGAGACUGAAGAUGUCCUGCAGGUGUCGCGAAAUUUAGAGUACAAAUUGGAGCUAGAGACAGAAUAA